AUAUAGAAACUAUAUCUAUCGUUCUCCUUAGUUACAAAGACAGUAUCACCCCUCACACAGAGUAACAAUUCAGCAGCAUUGCACUCCUCUCCUGACACCCAGCAUUCUUUUUCUACAUGGUUACUUUCCUUUGUAUCUUUGUUAUUUUGUAACAUUCUAUUUGUAGAACCCAGCCGGAGAGAAGGUUCUGCCGAGCUCCAUGCUGUGUAUAGAAUCCUCCCAUACAGAUCUCUAGACAGGCCGUGCACACACACACACACACACACACACACACACACACACAGCACAGCCAGCUCAUCCAUGGGGGAUUACGGGUUCGGGCUGCUGCAGGCUGGGGGGAGCGGAGCCGGCAGUGGGGGAGCGUUCCGAGCCGGCCCGCAGUUCCCCUCCUUCCUGCCCGGAUACCAGCAGGUCAUGCAGGAGGAGCUGCUGCUGGGGGUGAGCUGUGCACCGGGGAAGCAGCACACCAAGAGCGGGGGGCCCUCUCCGCCUGCCCUCUUACUGCACGCUGCCCAGGAGUCGACCAAGCAGCUGGGACACAAGAGGAAGGAUUACACCCCCCAGGACGGAGCCCUGUUCAGGGAGGAGGUUGCUAACCACCGCCAGGGAUCCCCAAAAGCCGAGGAUCUGGGUGUGGAGGGACCGGACAAGCUGCUACCAACCUCCCCUUCAUCGUCCUCCUCUUCCUCCUCCUCCUCCUCCAGCACUUGCUCAGUGGAGGAGGUGACGGCUGCUGGGGAGACAAGGGCUGGAGGGUCCCCCCCAUCUCUAGGGCAUCAGCUGACGCCCAAAUCCAAGCUACAGAUGGAAGGACAAGGGGGGCAUCUGCUGUCCGGGGCCCCUAACCUGCUGGGGGGACACUACUCUGGCUCCCCUGACAUGUCCAGUACGCAGAGCCCAGGAGGAUCCAGCUCCCCUCCGGCGUUGCCCGGAUUUGGUACCCCCUGGUCGGUACAGACCUCAUCCCCACCACCGCCUCCACCACCUGCACUAAGCCAGCCUCAGGCCCCUGCACCCCACCCUGCGGGCCACAACCUGAACUCCCUGCAGAGCCAGGAGCCGGACAGCUUCUACCCUGGCAUCCCCUCCUCCAUCAACCCAGCCUUCUUUCAGAGCUUCUCCACCGUGUCUGCCAACCCAUGCCCUGGCAUCAACGUGCCCGGCUUUGGCAGCCCCUUCUCAGCCCAGAUCAACCUGGGUCAACAGCAGAGCAGGAGGUCGCCUGUGAGCCCCCAACUCAACCCCCAGCACCACCAGGCAGCAGCCUUCCUACAGCAGAGGAACAGCUACAACCACCACCAGCCCAUCGUGAAACAGUCUCCCUGGAGCACUCAUCAAGGUAGCGGUUGGAGCACCGGCAGCAUGUCAUGGGGAGGUGUACACGGCAGAGACCACCGCCGAACUGGUAAUAUGGGAAUGCCAGGCACCAUGAAUCAGUUCUCACCUCUAAAGAAGCCCUAUUCUGGGAAUGUCAUCGCCCCGCCCAAGUUUCCGCGCUCCACUCAAUCGCUUAAUCCCAAAUCCUGGAUUGAAGACAACGUUUUCAGGACUGACAACAACAGUAACUCACUCUUACCCUUACAGGUAAGGAUGGAUCGGAGCCGAAUGUACGACAGCCUGAAUAUGCACUCACUGGAAAACUCGCUCAUUGAAAUAAUGAGAGCAGAGCAUGACCCCCUGAAAGGUCGUUUGAACUACUCUCACCCAGGGACAGACAGCCUUCUGAUGUUAAAUGCAAGGAGUUAUGGGCGAAGACGAGGACGUUCUUCCCUGUUUCCCAUUGACGAUGGCUUAUUGGACGAUGGACAUAAUGACCAGGUUGGGGUUCUCAACUCGCCCAACUGCUACUCCGGACAUCAGAAUGGGGAGAGAAUAGAGCGCUUUUCAAGAAAAGUAUUUGUGGGUGGCCUUCCUCCUGAUAUAGAUGAAGAUGAGAUCACGGCCAGUUUCCGACGAUUCGGGCCUCUAGUGGUAGACUGGCCACACAAAGCUGAAAGUAAAUCCUAUUUUCCGCCUAAAGGUUAUGCAUUUCUUCUUUUCCAAGAGGAAAGCUCUGUUCAAGCACUGAUUGAUGCUUGCAUUGAAGAAGAAGGCAAACUCUAUCUCUGUGUUUCUAGUCCUACCAUCAAGGACAAGCCCGUUCAGAUUCGUCCCUGGAACCUGAGUGACAGUGAUUUUGUCAUGGAUGGAUCCCAGCCACUUGACCCUCGGAAAACUAUCUUUGUCGGAGGAGUUCCACGUCCACUGAGAGCAGUGGAGUUGGCCAUGAUCAUGGAUCGUCUCUACGGAGGAGUCUGUUAUGCAGGAAUUGAUACUGAUCCUGAGCUGAAGUACCCGAAAGGAGCUGGACGCGUUGCAUUUUCCAAUCAGCAAAGUUAUAUCGCAGCUAUCAGCGCUCGAUUCGUUCAGCUUCAGCAUGGCGACAUAGACAAAAGAGUAGAGGUGAAGCCAUACGUGUUGGAUGAUCAGAUGUGCGAUGAGUGCCAGGGAGCUCGCUGCAGUGGAAAAUUUGCUCCAUUUUUCUGUGCCAAUGUCACUUGCCUGCAGUAUUAUUGUGAGUUUUGCUGGGCUAACAUCCACUCUCGCGCCGGACGGGAAUUCCACAAGCCAUUGGUGAAGGAAGGCGCCGACCGGCCACGUCAGAUCCACUUCCGCUGGAACUAGACCUAGAUACUCCCACCACUCACUGAGAAAAGGGUGCAUGCGGCUUACUGUGUUUAUAGAUUCUGACAUGCAGAAGAAAUAAGUGCAUCCUUCUGCUUUUCACCCCCAACCCUCAAUACAUGCAUCUGUAUCAGCAGCCAAAACACUACAAGCCUCUUGUGUUUCACCAAAACCCUACAUCUCAGGCCUACUAAUUUUUUGUGAUACUUUCAUGUUAAAUAUUUUUCUUUUUAUAUAUAGCUAUGUAUAAAUAUAUUAUUUUUUAUUUUUUUUCUUUCAAAUUUCCUUUUAUAUGUAAUGCUAAAAAUAAUGGAUAUGGCGAUGUUUUUGCUUAGGGGCAACACAGUCUGCUGCUAAAUAUGUAUGUGUGUGUGUGUGUGUGUAUAUGUAUGUAUAUAUCUGUGUAUAUAUAUAUAUAUAUAUGAUAUUAUACAUACAUAUUAUUUAUAUAUGGGUGAAGUGUGCACUUAUUUCUACAGAUGGGUUUUUAACGUAAAGAUCAGCCCCAGUAAUUUACCAAAGGUAGCAAAAUUAAUAGUGAAAAUGGAAUAUGUCUGCUACUAAAAGCCUAUUUUUUAUUGUUGCUAUUUUCAGUGUGUAUGUAAUCUUUAAAAAAAAAAAAAAUAGGGUUGAUUUUUUAUUUUUUAUUUUUUUUUGCUCUCCAUUUUGACUUGCAAGAAAUAAUACCUCAAGAUAAUCUGAUUUUAUUAGCUAUUUUUAAACAUUUUUAAUCAUAAGCUGUAUUAGCUUUGCUGCUAUAUAGGUGUUGUGCGUAAUACCACCUAUUUAUACAGGAUUGAAACGUUUUUGAAAAAACUGCAUUGCAAAUGAAUGCAGGCAGCACAAUAUGGUAGAAAACUGCCAUAGUUUAGAAUGUGAAAAAAAAAAUGCAUGUUUACCUACCCUUGUACACCAUAUGCAUGCACUAGAACUACCAACUACCCACAGAUACGGUAUUGCAGAUAUUAAAUACAUUUUUAAAAAAAUAAUAAAAAUAAAUAAAUCUCUCGAAACUAGGUACAGUAGCAUGAUAAAAAAUUACAAUGUUUUGUUACAAAAAGCAUAUUUGCAUGACUUAUUGUGACUCAAGUAAAAUGUCCUUACAUGUGUAAAAUAUGCAAAAUAGUUUUAGAGUAGUAAGUGCAGCCAUUUUGUGUCCUGGUCGAUAGUAGACUUCAGUUUAUAAGAAGUGGGUGUCGUUCUAUAAUCCCUGUGCAAUAGUCGUGGUGUGCGGUUCUGAUUAUUGUGGCGUAAAGUAGCAAAAAUAAAACUGGGAAGAAAAAAAAAAAAGGCAAAAAAAAUUAUAUAUAAUCUUGUUUUAACAAGCAUUGAUUUAGUGCCCCCAAAUUUAAAGUGUCUUGGUUAAAUAUUCUUUGAAAAACCAAAGAUGGCUAGCACGUGUUAAUCAGUCACCAAAUGUAUAACCCACAAGCUAAUUAUUAAAACAUAAUAGUUAAGUAAAAAAAAAUGCUUUAGUAUAAAAUAAUUUAAGUCAAAAUGGAGAUGGUAUGAUACAGACGGCUAGUUGCAUAACAAUUACCCUCUACCUUCAAGACAACAGUGACAUUUGGCUUGAACUUUUUUUUUUAUAAACACUUGUUUUCUUUUUGAUUACCUAUUUUUCUAUAUAUAUAUAUAAUUAAGCAACAUAGCUGCUAAAUAAUGGUUGCAGGUUCUGUUUUGUUCUAUUUUAGUUUUUAUUAUUAAAUAUUUGUAAUAUAUAUUUUUUACAAAAUGGCCAAUAGUGAAUUAACAACAAUGGUUUGGGUUAAUACAUUUUUUUUUUUUUUUUUUUUAAAUAAAUUCCCUAAGGACCAAGAAUGGUCUAUUUUUUUCAGACCUGUGGAAUGUCCUACUCCGUUAGUAAUACCAGGGUUCUAUAAAACUGAUAAAUUGAAAUACGAAAGACAUUCCAUUUUGGAACUAGAGGCUGCAUGGCCUGGAUAGUAAUGACAUCAAACAAAGCAAUUGGUCCUUAAGGGUUAAGUAAAAAAUGAAAUAUAAUAUGUAAGUCAUGGGGUUAUGCAACUAGCCCAGAAACAAAUGUCCUUUAAUUGAAAUAAAAGUUAUAUUCUAAUAAAUCCAAAAAUAUACAAAUUGCUGGAGAGAAGGAAAAAAAAUCACAAAGGGUAUCCCUAUGCCCUUGGGACAAUCUUCUGUGUACGAAACGUAAUGUUUUUAUUGGUUGUCAACAGCGUGCUUCUUUGUACUGUACGAUGUGAUUCCUGUCUCACUUUGCAGUUUUAUUGUGGUCGUAGUUCAUGUUUUAAAUGUUUGAAAUUGAUAUUCUAAGGAGUGCUUCUUUCUAAUUUAUUUGUCAAUGUCUCUUUACCUGUUCUUAACAAGAUCUACUCCUUUUUUUACCCCUGGAUCUCUUUAUCAUUAAUAAUAUUUUGUCAAUAUCCACCCUGCCUGAUCUGAAACACUUACAACUUUGUUAUGCACUAUAUUUUAUAACCGAGAGAAAACAUUGACAGUCAGCUAUUUUGAGCAUGCUUGUUUCAAUUAACAUCUUUUUGCUAUACCUCAAUUUUUAUUUAAUAUUUUUUUUACCCCCUCAAAAAAAAAAAAAUUGGCUUGCCAUUAUAUUUGUUAAAACUAAAGAACAAGAAAUGCAUUAAAAAAAAAAAGAUAUCUGGAGGAAAAUUAUCCCUUUUUACCAAUAUUUAAAAAGAAAAUAAUAAAGAAAAGAAUCACACAUGAAAAAAUGACCCUAUAUAGAAAAGGGAGAGUGGCAGAAAGAUGAUAAUAUAUAAAUAUAUUUUACACUUUUAUUUUUCAAUUGUCAUUUCACGUCUCUGCAGAGCAGUCAAUGCUUCUUGUUCUGAUCCUGCUUUUUUUGUGUGUAUUUGUGUGUGUGUAGUAAUUUCUUAUUUUCUAAUUGUUGAACACUGUAUUGGAUUUUUUAUAAAUCAUAUUUAUUUUACUAUUUUUGUAGAAGAUUGCUAGUUGAUUUUGAUUGUAUUUUUAUAUUUUUAAAGCUUCACUUUUGUUCCCCGGUGUGCAUAUUGCUGCCCAAGGGUGUGACUAUGGAGGAAAACAAAAAAACUUUAAAAUCCACACUUUUUGUUAAGAAGGAAACAUUUAGCAUUUAUAUAUUUGUGUAUGGACAACACUUGAUAUUGUAUCCCUGUUGCAUCUGGCUGCACAUAGCCUCUCCUCAAAGAUGCUAGAAAACUUGAAUAUAACACAUUUUGGAAGGCUGACUAACCUCGAUUCUGUGUUGUGAUGUGCAAUACUGUUUCUAAUAUUUGUAUAAAAAAAGUGUAAACCUUUUUAAUGCAAAUUUAUUUUUUUCAUUGCAUAUUUUGCAGAUUUUAUCCACAGUGUCAUUUUUUUACUGUCAGAAAAGAUAACCCCUUUUGUCAUUGCAACUAUUUUUUAAAUCCAGAAAUCUUUGUACUGAUGUAAAUGAUUGUAGUUAUUUUGGAUAGUGUUUUGCUAACAAAAGGAGAGACUUUUUUCAUGCAUAUUUCUAUUUUGUUUGUUUGUUUUUGUUUUGGUUUUUUAUUAUUUUUUUUAUUUGAUUUUUGUUUUUAGAACUAAUUCUUGUCAUUAAUAUAAUUUUGUAUUUUUAUGUGGGAAAAAUAUAAUUUUAUGACGCUAAUUGCUAUAAAUUUUAUUUUGAAUUAUUUUUUUGAGCUGAAAUCUUUGUACUAUUAAAGCAACUAGUUUCUAAUUCAGAGUUUCUGCGGAGAAUGGCACAAGUGGCUUAUUGAGUGUUUGGAUUGUAAUUAUUAAAGGUUCUUUGAUAUGCAAAUUAUUUAGUUUUAUUUUAUAUAUAUUUUUUUUUAAUUAAAGCUGUUUUUUUCUAUAUAAGCAAGAGCCCGUGCUUUAUAAGGACACUAGGUGAAUGCCUUCAGCUUGAAUUUUUGUUUUUUAUUUUUAAAAUAUUUUAGUUUAAAUUUUACUGUUCUCUUCCAGGUGUCUAAAUCUCCAGUCUGUCUGUUGUACUGGUAAUUUAACUCUGUAAUGAAAUAGUUUGCUGCCAACUAUUUAUAUUAAGUAAUUUUUAAAUAUUUGUAAUAUUGUUGACCGACUAAUAAACUUAAGUUAUUGGCA